CACAUCGUUAAACCAUUGUUGGGUUGUCCUUGGUGUGACCUAUGGAUGUGAUGAAAACUUCUUAAUCGUGCGUCCGUGACUGUCUCGAGGAAGAGUUGAAGAAGGCUUUUUUCUUUUGAAGUCAAGGAUUUCUCAUCGCUUUCGCCUUAAAGAAUUAAGUACCGAUGUGUCAAGAAUUUCACUGCGGCUGUUGUUCGGAUGAUUUACCCGAAGACUCUUGCGGAUGUGGCGAGUGUUACCAUGGACGUCAAGACUUGGAAAAUGUUUUUCCCUUCCUGAAAAAUGGAAAAAUUGAAAGCUUUUGCGAGGAUGGGAUAGAUUCGUAUGGAGAAGAGGAGACGAGAGACCCGUGUGUGUCUGCUUGUUCCAAAAGCUGCUGCAAUGAUGAGAAGGAUUCUUGCAAUGAAGAAACUCUGUGUAGUCCUUGUCCUUCUGCUUCAGCCAAACAGCCAAGCGAUGAAGCAGCCGAAUGUUUCCAAAGUAAGUGUUGCUCGACUACUGUCAACGAUGUAAGAAUAGGUGAACCUGUCAAAGGCAGCUGCUCGUCUCAGGAGAAUUCACGACAAGAGAAAGAAGACACUUGUUGUGAAAAAGCGUCUGAGCAACCGGCACAAGCUACUGCUAUGCCAGACUCAUCACCAUGUCGAGGUUGUUGCUCUGAGAGGGAAAUCCCAGGGAGUAAGUCAACUGAGUCCGGUGGGCCUUCGGGAAGAACCAGCGCUGAUUGUUGCAAUAGAACUGUGGCAGACGACUGGAGUGAUUCUUGUCAAACGAAUUGCAGCCACACGGAUAAAGACAGUGGUAGACCGUCCAGUUCAGCGGAUGCAAUCUCCGUGUCAACUUGCUGCGAAAGUGGUAGCCCUCGUCGGUCUUCAUGUGGUCAGUUGACAUGUCAGACACGCAGUCCACAAUUAACUGUCACGUGUUCUCCGCCUGAAGACAAUUGCUGUGAGAGUCAAGCUUGUAGUGGUUCCACGCGAAAACCACGUGGGGACAAUCGCUACCAAAAAUCCCAGCUUAAAUUGUCUGUCGAGGGACUUUGCGAUCGAUCACUAUCUGGCAGUAGAAUCUCAGUGACAAACCGCAAUGGUUUCUAUCCUCUCACCCCUCCCACGUCACCCGGUAUUCAGGAAAGCGACCACAGCUCAAAGAAGAAACCCGUGAUACGCGAAAGUACCACUAAGCUGCGAGUGCAAAACAUUUGCUGUGCGAUGGAAAGCACACUCGUUCAAGAAUCCUUAGAACCAUUGGAAGGAGUGAAAUCAAUCGCAGUCAAUGUGAUCGGGAGAGUCGUGUACGUCCGUCACGACCCAGAAGUGACGUCAGCUACCGAGCUUGUUGACACACUCAACCGAAACCAUCUGGGCGCGAGCGUCAUGGAGACUGGGUCCCAGGAACACGAUGAUAGUAAAAGUCUCCCGCCGUCCUUAUCGACUUUUCUGAUUUAUCUUUUGCUCCAAACCAUUCUCCUGAUGACAGGUGUUGUAGCGUUCUUCUGUGAUGCGUCCUGGUACAGAUGGCCGGCCAUUGCGGAAAUCGUGUUCGGUAUAUUUCCAGUCCUCCAGAAAACGUAUGUUUCUCUUAAAACCUGUAGCGUCGACAUCAAUAUUCUGAUACUCAUUGCCAUAGCGGGAACGCUUAGCAUUGAGGAGUGGUUGGACGGCGCUGCUGUAGUUUACGUAUUCUCCUUCGCCGAAGCCUUGCAAGAGUUUUGUAUGUUUAAAGUCCAUCGGACAAUCUCUGGGCUCAUGCUAAAAGCGCCGCGGGUGGCAAUACUAGCGAACACUGGCGAAUGUGUAUUGGUGGAAUCAGUUGCUAUUGGAACCACUAUCGCCAUUAGGCCAGGAGAGUUUAUUCCUUUGGAUGGUGAAGUCAUAAAAGGACGAGCUGCUGUGGACGAAAGUACGGUUUCUGGUGAAUCUGUGCCCGUUGAAAAAACUGUGGGAUCUAAAGUAUUUAGCGGAACGAUUAAUCAAAAUGGCUACUUGGAAGUGAAUACCACAUCAGACUCGACAUCUUCCACAGUUUCUAAAGUUGCACAACUAGUUCAGGAAGCCCAAACUGGUUCAGGAAGGAUCGAAGUCGCCAUAAAUCGGUUUGCCAAGUAUUACACUCCAACUGUGGUCGUUGUUGCAGCUCUGGUAUUUGUUAUUCCAGCCAUUCUUGGUGCUGCAGGCGUGGGAACCUACUCACAGGAGCUAAAGAUGUGGGGAGAACGAGCCCUUGUCCUUCUGGUCAUAGCGUGCCCCUGCGCCCUCGUUAUGUCCACCCCUAUUGCUAUGGUCUGUGGUAUCACUGCAGCGGCGCGUAAAGGAGCACUGAUCAAAGGUGGAGUUCACCUCGAGACCCUCGCUCAGUUGCAGGUCCUUGCGUUUGAUAAAACUGGAACAUUGACAGAAGGAAAGUUUCAAGUUGUUGACAUAGAAUGCGUUUUUGGAGUGAAAGAACGAUCAGCUUUACGCCUAGCAGCUGCGCUUGAGAGCAAGUCCAGCCACCCUCUUGCGGCUGCCAUAGUAAGCGAAUUUAGUGGUUGUGUUUCGGAAAUGCGCAAGUCACAAUCCUCCAGCCUUCCGGAAGUAAAAUGCUUUAAACUUCACGAAGGACAAGGUAUUUCUGGUGUUGUCGGAGGUCAUCAUGUGCAGAUCGGUAAUUACGAAUUCCUAAAGCGUGUUGGCAACAAAGCGCUGAAUAAGUGUAUGGAAGAGAAGUAUAUCACUUGGUGUAACGAGAGUAAAACUGUGGUCUUCAUGGCUGUGGAUGGUAAACUGGCCAUGAUGAUCGCUCUUGCUGACACUAUUAGAUCAGAAAGUCGUGGCGCGUUGGACUGGUUACGAAAAACUCGUGUCCAGACUGCCAUGAUCACUGGUGAUAACUCUCGUACAGCCAUGGCCGUGAAGAGUAACUUAAGCUUGGACGAGUGCAUCGCCGACAUGAAACCUCAGGACAAACUGUCGUGGAUCGAGGAGAGACAAGGUGGAAUGCAAAUCGUGGAAUGCGAGGUGCUUGGCGACGAUCAACAGACUAGGAGGUGUAUGUUACCGUACGCUUGUUGCUGUUCCCGUCACCGAUACAAUGCUGUAAAAUCACGUGGCAGCGACAAAAUCAUUGUGGGUAUGGUCGGCGAUGGCGUUAACGAUGGCCCAGCCCUUGCCGCAGCGAAUAUUGGUAUCGCAAUGGGCGCUGGGGGAACGGCCUUAGCAGUGGAGGCGGCAGAUGUGGCACUGAUGAGCAACAACUUGACGAAAAUACCGGAACUGGUACAACUCGGCCGUUUCUGCCGUCGUGUCGUAGCAGAAAACAUCUCGUUCUCCGUCAUUUUGAAGCUGGCCAUCGUGAUUGCGGCCCUGUUAGGGAAAGCUGCGUUGUGGAUGGCUGUUCUGGCAGAUGUACUCGGUUUGCUAUUCGUUGUAAUAAAUGGUUUGAGACCCCUAUGGUGGAAUGUCGCUUGGAAAAAUGAUGUUAAAAGUGAAAUAGCAAUUUCUGUUCACUCUCGGCCAUCUUACUUUUACGAGUCGUAUGUAUAGGCGAGGACGUUCAAGGAGCAAAUGUGAUGUUUGUCUCUGCCAUUUAUCAUCCCAGUGGAAGAGGUGGUAAUUUUUUUUUAAGUACUCUGAACAGAACGGAUUUCAAUUGAUUGCAGAGGACAGAUUACAGGAUCAAUACCUGUAAUUGAUACAGACUGAAUUUUUCAAAUUAAGAUAUCGAUGAUUAUAUGUACAAGUUUGUACCGUCGUAUGUGAUGUAUGAAUUUCAUAAUUGAUUGAUGAUUAGGGAUUUAGUUAUUGAAAAUUACUUCCUGACCUAAAAAAAAACCACGAAAACAAAAACAAAAACAAACACGUCAGCUAUUUUUGAAUGUUGUGAAUUAUUGAAUAAGAGUCCUAAUUGACUUCACUGGUGUUAUAAUGAUCUCAUGGGCUUUUAAACGCUUAAUAAUUUCGGGGGGAAAAAAACUUAAAAAAAGAAGAUUAUUCAAAUGUUGCAGCUAGUAGAUUUCAAAACUUUAAAAUGUUGUGUCUACCAAAGACAAUCAUAAAUUCGGUGGUUCGUACUGUCUCAAGGCAGUUUCUCAAUUUGUUGUUAUUUAAUCCUUGAUUGAUCGAUACUACAGUAUAACCCCGCUAACUCAAACUCGCAAGGGGAACAAAACAUGGUUCGAGUUAGCGAGUGUUCGAAUUAGUUGAUAGUAAAUGACCAAAGGAAUGGGUCAAAAGAAAUCAGAUCUUGUACGAGUCACUGGUGGGGUUUGAAUUCCCCGAGUUUGAGUAAGCGGAGUUUUACUGCAUCAUGCAUUUUAUACGUUUCUUCGAAAAUGGUGCGGAAGAAAUGCCUCAAUUCUGCUCAAUAAGUUAUGUUUAAGCCUUUCACUUUACUUACGUUGAGGAUUGCCAUAACAAUACUAGAGCCUUCUAGAAAAAGUAUGAUUUUAGGUUUAUAGGUCAAUGACUGCUCACAAUUUAGAGUUACGGGCGCAUGAAUCAUAGAUCAAAUUUUAUGUUCCUGUUUUUACUAAAAUUGAAAGGGUGUAAAGUUGAUUGUGGAUAAUACGCCGAUCAAUUCGAAGCAACAUUCCUCCCGGGCAACCCAUAGGCAUUUGCCCGUCUUCCAAGCCCGGGGGGGGGGGGGGGGGGUGGAGAAUUUAAACCGGAAGUGUCUAGUCUUUCCAGUAGAAUGCAAGCGUUAUAUCAUGAGAUAUGGAGAUGUUAAGGAAAGUAGUUCAAUUUACCGAGUGAAUGACUCAGAUGGAAAUGUCUACAAGGUCUAGGUUUUCUUUUAUCUGCAUUUUACCCAAAAAUUGGGUGGGGCAUUUGAACACAAUUUUUGCUCGGGGGUGGGGGGCGGAGGAAAUUUGAACAAAAAAGUCAUCAAAAGUUCAAAGCCCGAGAUUUGCGCAGGGGGGGAUGUUGAAGCUUCGAAUUGAUCUACGCGUAAGCUUGACCUGUUUUGGUGAUUCGUACGUAUAGUUUAAAUCAUUUGUGGCACAUUAACAUCUGAUAAAUUGAACAAACAAUAAACACUAUGGGUUAUUUACG